GUCCCUCGAUCCAACCAAGUGUGGUUUAGACCUCUACUAUUAUCCGUCAGCCAGGGCCAUUUUAUCAACAUCCUCAGAGUCCGUAAGUCUAGCAUACUGUCGCGACAUCGACAUGCCGGUCCUGUGCACGCCACGGUACUCAAGCGUGGAUGGCACUAUCUUGAGCAUCCUUGGUGGGCGGAGCAAAACAGCUACGCUUUCGAGCCCCCCGGUGAUGUCCAUACCCUGGAAGUUCCCGACGAUGUAGAGGAAAUAGUAGCAAUGUUUCAUGUUACUGGUGCUUACAGCUACGUCGAUGUUGAUGGCAAUACUGUGGGUGUUGAGGAUGUCUUCAGCAAGAUACAGAAGGCUAUGGAGCAUUAUGAAAAGGUUGGAUUGGGGGCGGAUUUUGUGAUUCAAUUUAUUCCGUAG